GUGGCAUGUCCUUCGGAUGGAUUCAUCGCUGGGGGAACAGUUUGCCGCGCCUCAGCAGGAAUUUGUGAUGUUUCAGAAUCUUGUACAGGAGCAGUUGCCUCUUGUCCUGCAGAUGCGCUAACAGCAAGUGGUACUAUAUGUAGAGUUUCAUCUGGCGUUUGUGAUCCUGCAGAAACAUGUACAGGUUCUACAGCUUCUUGUCCUGCGGAUGCCUUUUUUGCAUCUACGGUAGUAUGCCGUGCAUCAGCAGGGGUAUGUGAUGUAAAAGAAAACUGCACCGGAUCUACUUCUCCAUGUCCUGCCGAUGCAUUAACAGCAGCCGGGACAAUAUGCCGAGCCUCAGCCGGAGUUUGUGAUGUGUUUGAAAGUUGUACCGGCAGUUCAGCAGCUUGCCCGGCAGAUGCAUUAAUAGCAGCUGGCACAGUUUGUAGAGCCCAAGCAGGCGUUUGUGAUGUUUCAGAAUCUUGUACAGGAAGUUCAAGUGCAUGUCCUACUGGAACAGUUUGCCGUGCAUCAGCAGGCGUUUGUGAUUUAGCGGAGACAUGUACAGGAUCAGCAGCAGCCUGCCCAUCAGAUGUGUUAACUGCCGCAGGAACAGUUUGUCGAGCUUCAGCUGGAGUUUGUGAUCUUGCAGAAGCAUGUAAUGGAAUAUCGGUAGCAUGCCCUGCUGAUGUAAUCACUACAGCAGGAACAGUUUGUCGUGCAUCAGCGGGUACUUGUGAUCCUCAAGAGGCAUGUAACGGAGUAUCAGUGGCAUGCCCAGCGAAUACAUUUACUUCAGCAGGAACUGUAUGUAGAGCUUCAUUAGGCGUUUGUGAUGUAUUAGAAACAUGUACAGGUGCAGCAGCCGCUUGUCCAACUGACGGAUUUAUAGCAGCAGGAACAGUUUGUCGUGCAUCAGCAGGCGUUUGUGAUGUGGCUGAAACAUGUACCGGAGCUUCCUUUGUAGAAUUACAACAGGAGUUUGUGAUCCAACAGAAAAUUGUACGGGUAGUUCAGCUGCUUGUCCUGCCAAUAGUUUUACUGCAGCAGGCACAGUUUGUCGUGCAUCAGCAGGUGUAUGUGAUGUUGUCGAAACAUGUACUGGAUCUGCAGCAGCGUGUCCGGCAGAUGCGUUUUCUUCAUCGGGAACAGUUUGUCGUGCAUCAGCUGGUAUUUGUGAUCCACAAGAGUCGUGUACCGGAGCCUCAGUGGUAUGCCCAUCGAAUACACUUAGUUUGUCAGGGACUGUUUGUAGAGCCGCUGCAGGGGUAUGUGAUCUCAUUGAAACGUGCACUGGAUCAGCAGCAGCCUGUCCUACUGAUGGAUUCACAGCAUCGAGUGUCCUUUGUCGGGUACAGUCUGUCGUGCUUCAGCGGGCAGCUUCCACCGGACCAUGCGAUCCACAAGAAAAUUGUACCGGCAGUUCUGCUGCAUGCCCUACUAAUGUGUUUACAGCAGCAGGCACUGUUUGUCGUGCUUCAGCUGGCAUUUGUGAUCCGCAAGAGGCAUGUACAGGCUCCUCAGCAGCAUGUCCAGCGAAUUCUUUUACGGCAGCUGGUACUGUAUGUCGGGCAUCAAGUGGUACUUGUGAUCCUCAAGAAAUAUGUACCGGAGCUUCAGCACCAUGUCCGGCAGACGCAUUUUCAGCAGCUGGCACUGUAUGUAGGGCUUCGGCAGGAGUAUGUGAUG